GGUUGGCGGAUUCAGGGCACACACUGCGCAUAGUGAUCCUGGUGCCUGGUCAUACAUCUGAAAUCCGAUUGCCUGAUGCCUUACUAGGCCUAAUAUUUGAUAAACAACAUGGCGGCAUUUAUUGUCCGGUGCCCAUGACUGCAACAAGUCGUGUGCCGUUCUAACUAUAGAUCGUUGCGUUGUUCGACGUUUUGAGUUUGAAAAAAAAAAAUACAUUAUUGUGUGCUAUUUAAACUGAAUUUGAUUUGUGAGCUAUACAAAACAUUGGAGAAUGCCUAAACGAGGAAAAGAACCGAGACCAUCCAGUCGUCAUUCUGGUGGUCGUUUUUCACCAACAUCACAACCACUACGACAAUCUAGAAAUGAUUAUCAAAUUGCAGGAUCUUCACGUUCAACGUGUGAUUCUACUUCUGGAAGAAGAUCACCUCAUACCAAAGAUAAUAACAAAAAAUCUAAUGGAAACGUACAUCCUGGAAAUUCUUCUAACAGAAUACUUGUGAAUUUAGUUAAUAGUCCAAUCAUAUUAACUGAUGAUGAUGAUGAUGAUGACAAUGUAUAUAAGAAUUUAGAUACUUCUGUGAAUUUAUUUCGAGAAAAUGGAAAUAAAUUGAAACCUGAAUCAGGCGAAGGUGCAAGCCUUGUGAAACAUUUCGUACCUUCUGCUGAUAGGUACCACAUGUCACAGAGUGCUCCUGAAAAACCAGUGUUUAGAGGACCAGAAACUGAUGUAUUGCAUGAUCUUGGAAAUGACAAAUUAAAAAUCAUUCGAGUCCAAAUGAUACGAGCUGACAUUCAGCAAAACGAUUCAUUUCGUAAAGCUUAUGUAGUUGAAGAUUCAGUAGCUGGAAGUAGAUCAAAAGAUAAAAACCAUCAAAAUUUUGAAGAACGACAAGUUCAUUUUAAUCAAAAUAAUCAACAGAUAAUUUAUGAUAACGAUAAAAAUUAUGGAAUGCCUAUGAGUCCAACCAGGUUAAUGUCUCGCGAUCAAAGUUUAUCCCCACGUGUUAAUAUGGUUCGUCCACCCUCUCCUCCUUUACCUUAUUCUCCUGAACGUGACCAUUUCAAUUCUGACAACAAUAUGUUACGCAGAGAUAGACCAAAACGCUCCCCAGAAAGAAAUGUCCAUGAUCGUCCACCAAGGCCAGAACAUUUUUUGGAACAACUUAAGAUGGAAAACUUUUCUUCUGGUCCUCCUCCAGAACCUAGAUCACCAGAAAUGCGUUUUAGACCAGGUGAUCAUAAUAGACAUCGAUCAAAGGAUGACCCGAUUCAUUAUGAAGAACGUCCCAGACAUAGUGGAUCUCCUAUAUAUUUUGAGAAUCAUUACCAGUACAACAGAAGUAUGUCACCUAAUAACCGACCAUUUUCUCCUAAUCAUGAACAACAAUUGCCAAUUACUCCACCGUCAUUACGUGAGCUUUCUUCACCUUUGAGAGAUCGUCCACCACACCCUAAUGAGCGUCCUCGAAGAAGACGCACACCACCGCCUAGACGGGAUCGUUCAAGAGAAAGACGACGUCGCAUUUCACCUAGAAGAAGAACACCACCACCAGUUCGUUCACCUAUAAAGCGUAGAGAGAUUGGUAAAAAACGAGGACCUAAUAAAAGUCAGGAAGCACGAAAACGAGAAGCCAAAGAAAGAAAAAGACGAUCUCAAUCCAAGCCAAAAUCUGCUACACAACAAGAACAUCAGCAACAACAAAAUCCAUUCCAGCAACCUCAACCACAACCUAUGUAUCCGCCACCACCUCCUCCUGGAGUUGUUCGAAUGCCACCGAGACCUUUCCCUCCAGGACCCAUGAUGAUUCCAUUGCGACCACCUCCCUUCCCACCACCAAUGGGAGCAUGGAGGCCACCACGUCCACCAAUGCAAGCGCCUCCUUCUGGUUGGCCAUAUCCACGCCCAAGGCCAUACUACUUCCCCUACUAAAAGGAGUGGCUACGAAUAUUUAGAUUUUAAUAUUUUUUAAGUGUGUGUAUUUCAAAAAAAAAAUGAGUUCAAUGAUAAAAACAAUUCCCAAAUAAUUAAUAUUUUAUCAAUACUUGAAAAUCAUACUAUUGAUAUGAAAUUAUUUAUAAUUAUAAUAACUAUGUUUUUAUCUUACAUACUCAAUAUUUAUUAAAACUUUAAUUAUUAUACUUAUUAUUGUGAUCUUGAAAAAAAAAAAUCAAAUUAAAUAUUUCAGUCAAAAAAGCUGAAAAUUAGAUUUACAGUUAUUUUUCAAUUGUAUUUCUAUUGAUAUUUCUUAAUUUUAGCUUAAAUGUAUGUGUUAUUUAAUAAUUUCACAAAAAUAGUGUGACGUGAUUAAAUUAUAUUAAUGUAUAAUUUAAGUAUUUAUCACUAAUUUUGUGACAUAAAAUUAAAUUGACAGUAUAUGUGUUAUAUGUGUGUGACAUUAUUAUAUAGAACAUUGAUAGACAAAAAAAUUACCAAGUUUAGUUAUUUUAAAAUUUUACAAAAUCUAAUGUGUAUAAAUUUCUAUAAUAAAUUUAUUAUGUUUUCAAAAAUGUUAGCAUGACAUCCAAUUAUUAUACUUGUAAGUUAGAUAAAUAAGUUGAUAAACAAUAUUAAACUAUUAAUAAUAUUAAAUUCACACAUGUAAAUCAAUUUCUUUUUUCAAUAGAAUCUUACAAAAUGAAAACAUUUCCCUAGAAAUGAAUUUCAAUUAUUUAAGUAUAAAGAUAUAAAUCUUUUCAAAUUUAAUAAAAUUUAUUUAAAAAAAUAAAUAUUUAUUACAUUAAAUUUGAAUAUUGUCGUACCUAACCAUUUAUUUAGUAGUAUUAUUUAGUAAACUAGUAAACAUAAUUGUCUUGUAUUAUUAUAAUAUUAUAUAAACAGGAUUAUUCAAUUAAACGUUACAAUAAUUGGCAUUAUAUAUUUUAGUAGAUUAAGAAAUUUUCAAUGAAGUUUUCUUCAUUUGUUUAGUAUUGAGUGAUCCUAUUUAUAUUCUGACAAAUAACUAUGCUGUUUUAAUUGUUAAUACAAUUUAUUCUGCAUGACUUAAAUUUAUUUUACUUGUAAGUUAAAUAGAUCAUUUCAUUAUUAAUAAAUGUUAACUUGUAUGAAA